AUGCCUUAUCUCACGAAAGAGGAACUCGAAGCUAUCUUCGCUAAUCAACCGCUUGCGAACGGCGGACCUUUUUGGACCCGCGUAGCAGAGGAUGUCGAUUGGACUAUUAUGGGUAGUGGCCCAGGCACUGGACAUUUCACCAACCUGACCGAGCUUCGGGCCAACACAAUUGAAAAGUUAAUGAAAGCCCUUCAAGGCCCACUGGAAUUGAAGAUAGUGCAUGUUUUCUUCGGGGGCGAGAAUUACGAGUGGACGACAAUGGAGCUAGAAGCUCGCGGUAUUCGAAAAUCGGGCAAAGAGUACAUGAACCGCUAUGCUUUAGUAAUCAAGUGGAAUGACGAGGGUAAAGUGAUUGCUGUUAGAGAUUACCUUGACACUGCCCUGAUUGCAGAGGUCUGGAAGGAAGCUGAAGAAAUGGGCAUAUGUUAG